UACGAUACAACAGAGCAUCUGUAACGGGAUUAUUAUCCGGUUUAACGCGUGUUAACUUUACGUUUAACGUCCCUAAUGUCAAUAAUGUUAUGCUACAAGGAUGCAAAGGAUAGCCUGUUGGUCGUCAACUAUAAUAAUUCGAGAAAUGAAUGAUGCAGUGGCCAUGGAGGCCACCAGGAGACGAACCCAGCACCGUGCCAAUGGGAAAGCAUCUGAACAGGGGGAGCAGCCAGCACAGUGGGGGAGAGCAUGGGAGGUGGACUGGUUUUCCUUGAGCAGUGUGAUUGGCCUCCUUUGCUUUGCCCCUUUCAUUGUCUUUUACUUCGUGAUGGCCUGUGAUCAGUACCAGUGCUCCGUCAGCCAGCCUCUGUUGGAGCUGUACCAAGGAGAGACCACGCUGCUCUCCAUCUGGGCCCGGGCACCCUCCUUCACCUGGUCAGCUGCCAAGAUAUAUGCCAUCUGGGUGGCCUUCCAGGUGUUCCUGUACAUGUGUGUUCCUGAUGUUACUCAUAAGUUUAUUCCUGGCUAUGUUGGUGGAGUGCAGGACGGAGCACGAACUCCUGCUGGCCUGAUUAACAAGUAUGAGGUCAACGGGCUGCAGUGUUGGCUGAUCACUCAUGCUCUGUGGUAUGCCAAUGCCCAGUAUUUCCACUGGUUUUCUCCCACCAUCAUCUUCGACAACUGGAUCCCCCUGAUGUGGUGUGCUAACAUACUGGGCUACGGUGUGUCCAGCUUUGCUUUCAUAAAGGCCUACCUUUUCCCCACCAACGCUGAGGACUGCAAGUUCACGGGGAACGUCUUCUACAACUACAUGAUGGGCAUCGAGUUCAACCCACGCAUCGGCAAGUGGUUUGACUUCAAGCUUUUCUUCAACGGUCGGCCCGGCAUUGUAGCCUGGACUCUCAUCAAUCUGUCCUACAUGGCCAAGCAGCAAGAACUGUACGGCCACGUCACCAACUCCAUGAUCCUGGUCAACGUACUGCAGGCCAUUUAUGUGUUGGAUUUCUUCUGGAAUGAGGCGUGGUACCUUAAGACCAUUGAUAUCUGCCAUGACCACUUUGGAUGGUAUCUGGGCUGGGGAGACUGUGUCUGGCUGCCGUACCUCUACACACUGCAGGGUCUGUACCUGGUGUACCAGCCAGUCCAGCUCUCCAACGCCCACGCCCUGGCUGUCCUGUUGCUCGGCCUGGUCGGGUAUUACAUCUUCCGCUCCGCCAACCACCAGAAGGACCUGUUUCGGCGCACCGAGGGCUCGUGCUCCAUCUGGGGCCAGAAGCCAGCGUACAUCGAGUGCUCGUACCGCUCCACAGACGGCGGCGUUCAUCGCAGCAAGCUCAUGACCUCAGGUUUCUGGGGAAUGGCCCGCCACCUCAACUACACCGGGGACCUGAUGGGUUCGCUGGCCUACUGUGCCGCCUGUGGCUUUGGCCACAUACUCCCAUACUUCUACAUAGUAUACAUGACCAUCCUGCUGGUCCACCGCUGUGUGCGCGAUGAGCACCGCUGCAGCAGCAAGUACGGCAAGGACUGGAAGCGCUACACAGAUGCUGUGCCUUACCGACUUAUUCCUGGGGUGUUUUAGAGAGGGGGGAAAGGAGCGGAGGAGGCAGAUCGAGAAGUAGGGUGGGGGCUAAGAUUAAGGUAACAUUUUAACACCCAACGUGACAUCAUGAGUUCGCGUAAACAUACACGCCAAGUGGCGUUUUAUCUGUACCCAUUUUGAGUAUGUCUACGCCGUAUACAGCACGUUGCAUUUUGAACAGCUAUCCGCGUGUAUGUCUACGCCGUAUACAGCUGAUGGGUUGCAGACUGAUCUCAAUAAGUGGCUUAUGUAUGACACGCCAAUUCAUAUGCCAUUUUGGCGUGUUAUCAAGACACAUGAGAAUUUGAUGUUGUAUAUCAUUGUAAAUGUAACACCUGUUGUUCAGUCAAAACAAGAAUUUGAUGACGUCACUUAGCACUUAGGUAGCCUAUGAUGGGGGCUUUUCAUUAGCCUUGCCAUUUUUAGACUAAAUGAGUAAUUAUGAAUGAAAAACUGAUAUAUUUAAUGAUCAAUUUUGUUGCCACUCUACUGGCUUAAUGGACCAAAUGUGAUUGGUGGCUCCACUGACAAGACCCACCUCAUAACAAGUUAUGUUCUCUUUGUUUAAAGGUUGUCUGAGUGCUCCGAUGUAUUCACUGUCGUUUAUCUAACUCCAGGGGAACGUUUGUUAGGUUAGGUUAUUGCUUGUCCCUUGUUCCCUUGUUUCCUUGUUCCUUGUUUUUAUUUCCUCAAACCAGCACUGCCUUUCUCGGAGCGAUAAAGUAAAGAAACAAACUUCUCUUAUGA